AUGAGGAAAUAUGAACUCAUUGAGUUCGCUAUGAAGCAAUGGGCUUUACCGGCUGAAAUCUAUGGUUUCCGAAAUGUGGAGUACGAUGAUUCCAGGCUUUAUACGUUCGCCAAUAUGGUCUACUCCAAGAUUUACGAGUUGGGUUGCGAUUACAAGCAGUGUUCUGAUUGGUACGGAAGAGUGGAGGGGGUUGUCCUAUUCUGUGUCUAUAACACCGAGGUUCCCAAAGGUGCUAAACUGUACGAGGUGGGAACAGGUGAAGGCUGCGAUGACUCCAAUUGUGUGCUUGUUCCGAACUCAGUAUGUCUCGAUUUGCUUUGCGAUGCUCCUCGUGAUUCGUCAUCAUUUUUCUAG